AUGUACGUGAGCUACCUCCUGGACAAGGACGUGAGCAUGUACCCCAGCUCCGUGCGCCACUCUGGCGGCCUCAACCUGGCCCCGCAGAACUUCGUCAGUCCCCCGCAGUACCCGGACUACGGCGGCUACCAUGUGGCGGCUGCGGCCGCCGCGGCCGCGAACUUGGACAGCGCGCAGUCCCCGGGGCCAUCCUGGCCCGCCGCGUACGGGGCCCCGCUCAGAGAGGACUGGAACGGCUACGCGCCGGGGGGAGCCGCGGCCGCCGCCAACGCCGUCGCCCACGGCCUCAACGGGGGCUCCCCGGCCGCCGCCAUGGGCUACAGCAGCCCGGCCGACUACCACCCGCACCACCACCCACACCACCACCCGCACCACCCGGCCGCCGCGCCUUCCUGUGCCUCGGGGUUGCUGCAGACACUCAACCCCGGCCCUCCCGGACCCGCCGUCACGGCCGCCGCCGAGCAGCUGUCCCCCGGCGGCCAGCGGCGGAACCUGUGCGAGUGGAUGCGGAAGCCCGCGCAGCCGUCCCUCGGAAGCCAAGUGAAAACCAGGACGAAAGACAAAUACCGAGUGGUGUACACGGAUCACCAGCGGCUGGAGCUGGAGAAGGAGUUUCACUACAGUCGUUACAUCACCAUCCGGAGGAAAGCCGAGCUGGCUGCCACACUGGGGCUCUCCGAGAGGCAGGUUAAAAUCUGGUUUCAGAACCGCAGAGCCAAGGAGAGGAAAAUCAACAAGAAGAAGCUGCAGCAGCCGCCGCCGCCACCGCAAGCCCCGCCGCCUGCCCCGCCGCCUCCCCAGCCGCAGCCGGGCCCUCUGAGAAGCGUCCCGGAGCCCCUGAGCCCCGUGUCUGCCCUGCCAGGCUCGGUGCCGGGCUCCGUCCCUGGGGUCCUGGGCCCGGCAGCGGGGGUGUUAAACCCCACUGUCACCCAGUGA